AUGACUGUGGUGAUUUGUAUUGCAGUUCAACUGUCACGGCGUCUGAAGGAAUACGGGCUGGUCACCCCCUUCAGCACUGACGCCCACGGACGCUUUCUAUCACACUUGUUGUCGGCCACUCACAAGCAGCGGGUCAGGAGGGAAGCGUCCGAUGAAGUCGCGCCGGAUCAGAGGCUCUUCUUUAACAUCAGCGCCUUCGGAAAGGAGUUCCACCUGCGACUGCGGCCCAACAGCAGAUUGGUGGCUCCAGGGGCUACAGUGGAGUGGCAUGAUGACCCGGGGAGCGUUGAGGGACAUUCCUUAGCGCCCGCCGACAACGGGACGGGCAGGAUAAACUCGUUGAAGACGGACUGCGCCUUUGUGGGCGACAUCACGGACGUCCCAGGAGCCUCGGUUGCCAUUAACAACUGCGACGGUCUGGCCGGAAUGAUCCGCACCGAUGCAGAUGAAUACUUUAUUGAACCUUUGGAAAGAGGGACCCAGGAGCUAGAGAACCAGGGAAGAGUCCACGUGGUCUACCGCAGGUCGGCCUUGUUACGAGGUCCCUCCGACAUCUCCGUGGACUACCACGCACCAGAGCUGCACGAUGUUCCUGGGACGCUGGAUCUAGUGUCGAGGCAAAUCAACGAGACCGUCCGUCAGCGUGAACGCCGCGAUGCAGGCGAGAACGACUACAACAUUGAAGUCCUGCUGGGGGUGGACGACUCUGUGGUUCGAUUCCACGGGAAGGAGCACGUGCAGAAUUACCUCCUUACGCUUAUGAAUAUUGUGAAUGAGAUCUACCACGAUGAAUCCCUGGGAGUCCACAUCAACGUGGUCCUGGUGAGGAUGAUCAUGCUCGGCUAUGCUAAGUCUAUCAGUCUGAUCGAAAGAGGUAACCCGUCCCGCAGUUUGGAGAAUGUGUGCCGCUGGGCUUUUGGCCAGCAGAAGGGUGACGUAGACCACGCCGAGCACCACGACCACGCCAUCUUUCUCACUCGACAAGGCUUCGGACCCACCGGAAUGCAAGGUUAUGCUCCCGUAACGGGAAUGUGCCACCCGGUCCGGAGCUGCACUCUCAACCACGAAGACGGCUUCUCCUCCGCCUUUGUGGUAGCUCAUGAGACGGGUCAUGUGUUGGGCAUGGAGCACGACGGUCAAGGAAACCGCUGCGGGGACGAAACCACCAUGGGCAGCGUGAUGGCUCCUCUGGUCCAGGCGGCCUUCCACCGCUACCACUGGUCUAUGUGCAGCGGACAAGAACUCAAGCGAUACAUCCACACGUACGACUGCCUGUUGGACGAUCCCUUCAAGCACGACUGGCCACAGCUUCCCGAGCUUCCUGGGAUCAACUACUCCAUGGACGAGCAGUGCCGCUUCGAUUUUGGCGUGGGAUACAAAAUCUGUACCUCGUUCCGUACGUUCGACCCAUGCAAGCAGCUCUGGUGCAGCCACCCCGACAACCCUUACUUUUGCAAGACCAAGAAGGGCCCACCGCUUGACGGGACUGAAUGUGGACCUGGGAAAUGGUGCUACAAGGGUCACUGCAUGUGGAAGAACCCCAGUCAAGUGAAACAAGAUGGCUCCUGGGGCUCAUGGAGCAAACAUGGCUCCUGUUCACGCUCCUGCGGGACUGGUGUUCGCUUGCGAACGCGCCACUGCAACAAUCCCGCUCCUAUCAACGGUGGGCAGGACUGCCCAGGCGUGAACUUUGAGUAUCAGCUGUGCAACAUGGACGAGUGCCCCAAGCACUUUGAGGACUUCCGAGCCCAACAGUGUCAGCUCCGCAACGCCCACUUUGAGUUCCAAAGUGCCAAGCACCACUGGCUACCCUAUGAGCAUCCGGACGGCAACAAGAGAUGCCACCUGUAUUGCCAGUCCAAGGAAACUGGCGAUGUGGCGUACAUGAAGCAACUGGUGCACGACGGGACGCGAUGCUCCUACAAAGACGCCUACAGUGUCUGCAUUCGCGGCGAGUGUGUGAAAGUCGGCUGCGACAGAGAAAUCGGCUCCAACAAAUUGGAGGACAAGUGCGGCGUCUGCGGAGGUGACAAUUCCCACUGCCGCACCGUCAAGGGAACCUUCACACGGACCCCCAAAAAAGGCGGGAAAACCAGAGGAGCCUUCUCGUUGCCCAAAGGAGCUCGAAAUGUCUUUUUAAAUGAGAGUGAAGAGUUUAGAAAUGUCAUGGGCUACCUUAAGAUGUUUCUUAUUCCUCCCGGAGCUAGACAUGUGAUCGUCCAAGAACAUGAGGCCUCGCCUCAAAUUCUUGCAAUCAAGAACCAAGCAACGGGCCACUACAUCCUUAACGGCAAAGGAGAGGAGGUCAAGUCCAGGAACUUUAUCGAUCUGGGUGUGGAAUGGCACUACAUGGUAGAGGAAGAUGUGGAGACGCUACACACAGAUGGACCGCUACAUAAUCCGGUGGUGGUUCUGAUCAUACCAAAAGACAAUGAUACGCGCUCCACUCUGAUGUAUAAGUACACCAUCCAUGAAGAUUCGGUGCCCGUUAACAACAACAACGUUAUCCAGGAAGACUCAUACGAGUGGGCGCUCAAAAGCUGGUCUCCGUGCUCGAAGCCCUGCGCUGGAGGCUAUCAGUACACCAAGUACGGAUGUCGGAAGAAGGGUGACACCAAGAUGGUCCACAGAGGCUACUGUGAUGUCAGCAAGAAGCCCAAGCCUAUUCGCCGCAUGUGCAACCUGCAGGACUGCACACAGCCCCAGUGGAUUGCAGAGGAGUGGGAGCACUGCACGCGCACGUGCGGCAGCUUGGGCUUCCAGUCGCGCACGGUGCGCUGCGUACAACUGCUGCAUGACGCCGCCAAUCGCUCCGUGCACAGCAAAUACUGCGGCGCCGACCGGCCCGAGACGCGCAGGCCCUGCAACCGCCUGGCUUGCCCAUCGCACUGGAGGACCGGAGCCUGGUCCGAGUGCUCGGUGACGUGCGGCGAGGGCACGGAGAGGCGAUUGGUUUCCUGCCGAAUUGGAGACCAGUGCGGCGGUGACAAGCCAGAAAACGUGCGCGUGUGUCGGCAGGGACCCUGCCACGACGAGCCCUGCCACGGAGACAAAUCCAUCUUCUGCCAGAUGGAAGUUCUGGCUCGAUACUGCUCCAUCCCCGGAUAUAACAAACUUUGCUGCGAGUCGUGCAGCAAACGGAUCAGCGGCGGGGCGGUUUUCGCCGAGCCCGAGGACCGCCUGCGCUUCGGUUCCGCCUCUCAGCUGUUGGAGACAUUGAUGGCUAAUGCGACCCGUGCCGGGAAACGACAAAACGGCGGGAAACCGCAACAGGGUGGCAGUAAACAGACACAAAAUUCUGGGAAACAGCAGCAAAACAACGGUAAACAGAAGUCAAACGUCGCUAAACAGCAAAAAAAUGGACGCUCAAGACCGUUAGCCACGCCCACUCUGCCCAAGAAAGCUAAAGUUACGUCAGCACCCAGGAGGAACCCGAGGAACGUCAGCAGGUGGCCCGCCACGUAUUCGGAAGUGGAGAGAUGA